CAAUCAGCGACGUGGGACACGAAGUUAUUUCCUGUAGGAUGCAUGUGCUGGGAAAGAAAGUUGGCUGUUUUUCUUAAGGUUAAAGGGGCGCAAUUUUUAAUUUUUGUUUUACUUUGAGACUUCACGACGGCAAACCAUCCUCUACGUAUGACAGACGCAAUAUUGACUGGGCGCCAACCGUGAACCUUGGAUGCCGCAGUGUGAAGAGUCUGUCAGCAUCACAGACAUCAAGAAAGGAACACCAAUGGAAACAACUCCUCAGUCUGUCCCUUGUCCCACAUGAAAGCCACACGCCAAAGGGUGAUUAUAAUGAUACAAUGGAGAUCCCACUGACAAAUAUAACAGAGGUAUUGUGAUGGAUUCCUGGUGGAACAAAACACCUAUCACUCAUGUUCUGGUGGCUCUUUUUGGAAUGGGUUCCUGGGUCUCAGUGAACUCGUUGUGGGUCGAGCUUCCUGUGGUGGUCAGUGUCCUCCCUGAACGUUGGAACCUGCCUGCUUACCUGUCCCUGUUGGUUGCUUUUGGAAAUAUCGGUCCAGUGAGCAUGUCGCUGAUGCACCAUUUUGCUCCAGGAAGAAUCAAUGAGCGAUUGGUCAUCCAUGUCAUUCAGGCGUUGGCUGUACUGGCUUCCGCCUUCCUUGCUAUGUUUUGGUUCCGGGAGGUUAGUGUGUUGGGGGAGAUGCACUCAGUGCCCUACCUCCUGUUGGCGUUUGUGUUGGCCCUGGUCUGCUGCACCUCCAAUGUUACCUUCCUGCCCUACAUGUAUAGGUAUCCACCCGAGUUUAUCCGCACCUUCUUUGUUGGGCAGGGUCUCAGUGCCCUUUUCCCCUGUGUUGUGGCUCUGGGACAAGGUGUCGGGAAGUUGGAAUGUCUGAACAGCACUGCAGCAAAUGGCACCCUGAAGCCACACUACCUUAAGGAAAACUUCCCUGCUCAGAAUUUCUUCUGGUUUAUGUUUGUCAUGCUGGGAAUCUCUGGCCUUUCGUUCCUGGCCUUGACGGUGAGGGGCACAGCUGAUCCAGCUGCGCCGGACUUCCAACUUCCCGAUGUUCCAGUUAAAGGAGACACAGAGGAGCGUUCUCCAUUGCAAAACGGAGGGAUGGCAGUGACUGACAACCAGGUGGCUGUGGUAAAUCCUGUCCCUGAAGGAACUUUCUGGACUCCAAAUAACAUCUAUCUACUCGUGUUGCUGGGCGUAUCCAACGCUCUUUCCAAUGGAGUUCUUCCCUCAGUGCAAAGCUUUUCGUGUCUCCCAUAUGGAACAAUGACCUAUCACCUCUCUGUCGUCCUUGGAAACAUUGCCAACCCCCUUGCCUGCUUUGUGGCCAUGUUUGUUCUCUGCAGGUCUAGCAUAGGUCUAGGUGUCCUGGCUGCUGUAGGGGGGCUCUUUCCGAUAUAUCUCUUGGUUCUAGCUGCCCUCAGUCCCUGUCCUCCACUUUUGGGGAGCACUUCUGGGAUAGUUCUUGUGGUGACUUCCUGGAUUAUUUUCACGGGGACGUUUUCAUACCUGAAGGUGGCCAUUGGUUCCCUGCUUCACGAGGUGGGACACGCUGCCUUGCUGUGGUGUGGGGUCUUUAUCCAGGCAGGCUCACUCAUCGGAGCGCUCUCUAUGUUUCCGCUGGUCAGCGUCUACCACGUCUUCCAGAAGGGGAGGGACUGUGUGGACAGUUGUGCUUGAUGGUCAGUUUGCCAGGCAGAGGGCAGUGUCUGGGGCUGCAGCUGCAAGGGGGACAGUUUCUGCUCUUCUUGAGAGGUUUUUAUUUAAAGGAAAGCAUUUUCAUUUGUCAUGUUUUUAACAUUUUUUUUCAGCUGGUUCAGUUUGUAAAUGUACACCUCUCUCAGGGAUAUUUUAAGUAUAUUUUGUCGCAGCACAAAAACGGAACUGUAGAAUUAUGGCGUUAUUAUGCACUGCUUCAUGUUAAUUUUCAUUUACUUUAUGGAUAUACAAACAGCUAGCUCACAACUAGCCACCCAUCUGUUCGGUGUUAUAUGGUUGUUUUAUCGACCUUAAAACUUAAAAAUGCAGUCUGUGUAACUCAGUUGGUCCGGGGUUUCAUUAGCUGCUAUUAAAUUUGCAUGCUCAUCUGGAAUAUGUAAGUGAUUUGGAUCUAACUUCACUAUUUGCAGAAAAUGUGUUCAGGCAUGUCUGAGAUUAUCAUAUCACAUUUCUGUUCAGAUUCAUAAAUAAUGAUUUCCUGAUGACGACUAUUUAGAUAAAGCUGUUAAGAUAUAAUCCUUUAUCAAAAUUAAGCACCUUUUAUCAAAGUCAAGUUACUUUUUAUAGUCUUUAAAAAAAACUUUAUCCUGUAUGAAGAAUGACAUGCUAAAUUAAUACUGAAUAAUGAUUAAUUACCUCUAGCACUGUUUAGCUGAAGCUUUUAUCCAAAGCACAUAUAGCUCAGCGGGGCUGGUUAAGUGAUCAGUUGAUAAUAUUGCAUGGAAUAAUUACAAAUAAUUUCUAAAUCAUACAGAUAUCAGCUUCUUUUCCCACAGUAUAAUCUGUAAAUGUUUCUAGAAUCAGAAUGGGCAACAGUUCAGAAAUUUGCUACUUUGUGUUUGUUGUAGGCAGAAAUCUGAAUUUAGUGUUGCUUUCUACAUUUUCAUAAGGAAAAAAAAUCACUUUCCUAAAAUUCAAAGUAAAAACUGACAUUUGAACUGUUUAAUGUUGCCCUUUAAUUGGGUUCUGUAGCUACAAGCCUGUGAAACAGUGCCUAAGUUGGUGAUGCGGAAUGUGCACUUUUCUGUACAAUAGUACACGUCUGCUAGGUGCUUCUCAUUCUGCGCCUUUGUAGUGUUUUCCAAAGUAAACAGAUAUGAGAAAAUAUUAAGAUCACACCCUCAAUUUUCUAACCUGCUAUUAUUUGUUAUCAGUAGGGGGUAGUGAUGCCUUAAUACCAAGUUUUAAUAGUUAAUGUUUGUUAUCUCUAGCUCAUUGCCUUGUGGAAUAUGGAAAAUAUCCGUCCUACAAAAAUAUGGGUAACCAGCACUUAAAGGAUAAGAAGACAGUUGGCUCCCUACCAAAACGACGAUCAUUACCAGUCUACUUACUUCUUAGGAAAAUAAAAGAUAUGUACAGUAUACUUUGGAAAAAUGAAAAUAUGCAUCAAGUGUUAUGAAAUCCUUAUCUGUUGGAACAUGCGGGGUAACCAUAACUAUGAAUCAGUGGGAAAGGAAAUGUGAUUUAAAGUGAUGGGGGAAAAGACUGACUUUCGUCAGUGCAGACAUAGUUGUCAGUAUAGCCUGAUUCCUGCUACUUUAAGCACAUGAGCUCUGGAAGGGGUCUGUCUAAUUCAGUUUUAGUUGAGGUUGGUGAAAUACAUCAUACAGCCCUUAAGGCAUGAUUAACAUUACCAGGACCACAUCUGAUAAACACAAAGUAAAGCCAAAAUCUGUCGUCUGUCAUCACCUUUUAAAUAACAUCUAUAAUAUUUGUUCAAAAGAAGAAAUUACCUUGAAUGUUCAAGUACAAAACAAAACACUUCUUCAGUUUUGUUUAAUGAUUCCAGAAUGUAAAUUUCCCAAGGUAAUUUGUUGCUCUCUGCAGGGUGUCUUUAUUCCUUUAUGCAGAAUAUAAAUGCACUAACCCUCACAUUACCUACCAUGAAGUGUGUGCUUGUCAGCCUCUGUUAUUUUGCUUUAAAAAAUAUUGUCCAACAUGUUUGAGAAGAAUAGUCGUAUAAUGAGAAUUAUAAUAACUACAAGCAGUGACUGAAGGGUCCAAAGGGAUGUCAUCCAUGGCAUAGAGGUAGUACAUCAGUACUGAUGGAAAUUGGAGUACUGACUCUCAUUGGUUACAGACAGCAGUAAAUUCUGCUGUAAUAGGAUGGAGACCUGACAUUACAGUAGAAAUGCUCAUCAAAUUAGUACAAUGGUAGGAAGGGUAGGCAAGAACCAUAAGCAAGAGAAUGUGCUGAAUUUCCCUUGGGUUUGCCAAGGAGAUCAUGAGAUGAAGUUUUUUGUUGCAGCUCCCCUAUUAACGAUUUAUGGCCAGUCGUUUCCUCUGUCCCCAGAAUGGUCCUGAGAGGUAGGAUUUCAAAUUUGGUGAAGCAGAUUGUAAAGGUUUUAUCUUUUUUUUUUUUUACACGAAAUAAUAUACUUCAGAUUCCCUCUCCAUUAAGAGGCAUUCCAUCCCUAAUGUUUAAUGACUUUAUUUGACCUUGAGAUGGCAUCAACAUUUUAAAAUGAAUUUGAGGAAGCACUUCUUUACACAGUGUGUAGUUAGAGUAUAGAAUAGGAAAGGAUAUUUUCAGACCAAAGAAAAACCGCCUUUCUGAUGCCACUUUUGAAAAGCUUCUCUUGUGCCGUGUAAACAAACACUUGUUAGAACAAUAAGAGCCCACCCAAGCACCAUUACCCCUCUCCCCCUCGCCCGCCCCUCCCCUUCAAUCCCAUCCCCCCACCACUAAAACAUGUAAUUCAGGACUUUGAUUCUCAUUUCAGUUUGGACCAUUUCAUUUGCUAUUGUCCCAGUGAUCACUCUCUGAGCCAUGCUUAUUAAUCAUGGUGUUGCAUGUCGUCCGUAAACACAGUUUAACACGGUUCUUAAACACAAAGUUCAUUUGUAACUUCAGUCGACUUGUUUAAUUGGGGUCUGAAGACGUUUUCUCUUUAAGGGAGGCCCUGAGGAAAUAAGAUGGCUGUUAAUAUGGUUUUUCUUUUCCCUAGAAUUUUUAAAUUGAUUUAAACCUAUAGCCAUGUCUUGCCCAUCGAACACUACACAGUAGCUUUCAUUUGGUAAUAAAUAGUUUGUUUACUAGAGUACUGAAGGCUGUUCCAUGAAGCAGGAUUUCUUGCUUAGCCGGAUAACUUGAUGGAUUUAAGGUAGUCUGGGCUAAAUGUAAGGGAAUGAAAAUAAAGUCAGUUU